AUGUCAUCAAUCACUCAAACCUUCUUACCAAGAGAACCAAAACCAGUUUAUAGUAAUGAGAAAGAAUGUCUUGGUUGGAUCAACCAAACUGGUCGAUUGAAAAUCAAAAUCAUGACAUGGAAUGUUUUGGCACAAUGUUUGGUUAAACGAAACUUGUUUCCUGGUUCUGAUUGUUUGAAAUGGAAAGAAAGAGGAAAAACGAUUACUGAAGAAAUCAUAAAUUACGAUCCAGAUGUGAUUUGUUUACAAGAAGUAGAUAGGUUAACAGAUCAUGGACCAAUCCUUACAAAAGCAGGAUACGAUUAUACAUACAAAAUUGGAGGUUACGAAGAAGAAGGUAAACAACAUGGAUUAUUAAUUGGAUGGAAACGUCAAGAGUAUGAACAAAUCAAUGAACAUUUAAUAAGAUUAGAUGAAGAAACCUAUAAAGAGAAGAUCGGAAUCAGUCGAUCCACACGUAAUAUCGGAUUAAUAUGUGCUUUGAAAUCUAAACUUGAUUCUUCGUCUUCAGUAGGUUUGGUGAUUGGUACGGCUCAUCUUUUUUGGCAUGCUAGGUUUGUUUAUGAAAGGUCUCGUCAGAUCGCUUUUUUGAGUCGUGGGAUUCAAAGUUUUAAAACUUCUUUGGAUCAUUCAAUAAACUGGACAACUUGUUUGGCCGGUGACUUUAAUGAAGAACCUAAUUCGUUUGGAUACAGAUUAAUGACAGGUAUCAAAUCAGAUGAACACCAAAGAGAAAACUUUAACAGGUCUAGAUUGAUUCAUAAAUCAGUAGAUGUGAUGAUGAAUAGAACCAUCAAAGAUGAAGUUUAUGAAACUAUUGAAGGUGAUGAUGAUAGAGUAUUUAAAGAAGUUCGAAAGCUUAAUGAACCUGAUGAAUUGUUUAAUGAAACCGAAUUAAAAGAGAUUCAUGGAAAAAAGUCUUGGAUUAGUUUGUAUGGUAGAUGGGGUGAAAGGAUGAAGGAUCAAGAUGGCAAUCGAUUUAAAGAUAGAGAAGAAGAAAUCAUUAAAGCCACUAAACCUGAUGUGUGCAUCACAAACUUUACACCACUUUGGAGAUGUACAUUAGAUUAUAUUUUUAUACUAGAUGAUCGAUCUGAACCUGAAUCCGAAACCAAUCCAUCAUCACCAACUCUAAAUCCUAAAUUCCAAGUGAUAAGUCUUUUACCUACUCAUAGAACUCAAGACCUUCAACCCGGUUUACCUAGACUAAGAAUAGAACCAUCUGAUCAUAUUUCAUUAAUGGCUGAACUUCUCAUUUAA